UGUGGUUUCCAAAAAGUAACUUACAAAAGGAAAUUUCGGAAACUGAAACCUACACAAUUAAAAAAUCAAAAUCUGUCGACCUAUCCAAAUUUUGACGUGAAAACUUGUGCGGAUUUCCAGUGCUAAAUUAGAAAUAGUUGCUACAGAUCUGUUUGACUCUGUCACAGCUUUGCUUAAGGAGGGAUUGUCUGCACUAAAAAAUCCCCUAAUAUCUGAAAUAAUUUGUUUCGGUCUAGGCAAAAUCGACUUUUGAAAAGAUGGCAGGAAAAUUAAGUGUAUUAAGACAAAUUAUAUCUGAAUUACGAUACGCCCUCCCUGAAGGCAAUUUAAAAAAUAAUUUAGCCUUCCAUUACAUCGUGGAUCAGUAUAAGAAAUAUAAAACCACCGAUCAACAACUAUGCAAAGCUAGAGAAGAGCUGGAUUUCAUUGCAAAAACUUAUCUUUGCUAUUUAAAGAGUUCUCGUCUGGAACAGGAAAUUCAUAACGAAUUUCAUGGAAAAGGAGAACGAACUGUUGCUGAAACGGCGAAUAUGGUCGGAUUCAAGUUGCCCCAAGACCCCAAAUGAGGAACUCUUUUAGUUGUAAAUAGUGACAUCUGUUAGAACUUGAAAUAGUGUUAGUUAAUUGUAGUUUAUAAUAAAUGCAUACAGUUACAAA